AAAACAGAACAACACAUGACUCAGCGACAACCUAGCUGACAGACUGUCCACCUAAAAAGAAUUACAAAACAAAAAAUCCCACAUGGGCCACGUCACCAAAUUGACACUAAAUAAAAUAAACAAAACCAAAAUAAUAAUAAAAUAAUAAAGCAAUUCCCAUACAGGGAGGCCUGCCUUAUUCUUCUCUUGCUGGCCUCUCCUCACCAGUCACAAGUCACCACCAAAACCUCUGUAUAUAUAAACCAAACUCUCUCUUCCCCCUCCUCACAUUCUCUGCUUCUCUCUCUCUCUCUCUCUCUCUCUCUCUCUCUCUCUCAAUUGGGUUCUGCUUAAUUUUCUCUGUUUUUUUUCCUCAUUAAAAAAGAAAAAGAAAAUGGCACUUUGCUUUGGUUAUUCAAAAGCCAUUUUCAGAGUUUUGUUAGUCUCUGCAAUUGUCUUCUUUGCCAUUCUAUCUCCAUCUGCUGCUGCUACUACAAAGCCCUCAGCUUCUGCUCCUUCCCCUGCCUCCACUCCUGCUCAUGCCCCUGGCCCUUCCAGUGAUGGGACUUCCAUAGACCAAGGGAUUGCAUAUGUGCUGAUGCUAGUGGCUUUGGUGCUUACAUACCUCAUUCAUCCGCUGGAUGCAUCAUCUUCCUACGCUUUCUUUUGAGUGUUGGGAUUCUUUUUUAGGUGAAUUAGAAAUGGAUGGGAUUUGAUUUGUAGACAAAUGACAAAAAAAAAAAAUUUGUUGUUGGUAUUUUUUUUCUUCUUUCCAUUAUGAUGUAUUUGACUGUGAUUGUGCAUAUAUGAAUUAGACAAAUUAAUGAAUGGCAAUGUUUGAGGCUGAUUAAGCUUCUAGUAGAUUGUUAUCAAA